AAUGUAGUGAAAAAGAAAGUUGCUGUAACUAAGGCAAGCAAUGUCCGAUCUUCCCCAAACUGCAUACGUGUGAUAGGUGUUCUGCUCUGAACAAACACCCAUGACCAAAUUUAGUAAUAGUCAUAACGCCACCUUCUGGUAACAGGAAGUGACAAGGUUAACAAUGUUAUGGAUCCCUAGGAACAAAUUAAAAAGUGUCAAAAAGUGUUAAAUAGGCUGGCAACAUGCUAGAAACAUAAUAAAUCAUGCUAGCAACACUUAGCUAAGUGUUGAAGCAUUCUACUAAGGCAGUGAAAAAGGAAUUUGCUGUAACUAAGGCAAGCAAUGUCCGAUCUUCCCCAAACUUCAUACGUGUGAUAGGUGUUCUGUCCUGAACAAAAACCCAUGAAAAAAUUCAGUUAUAGUCAUAGCGCCACCUGCUGGUAACAGGAAGUGACAUGGUUAACACUUUUUCAGACUCCUAGGAACAUUUUAAAAAGUGUAAACAAGUGUUAAAUAGGUUGGCAACAUACUAGAUACAUACUAAUACAUGCUAGCAACACUUAGCUUAGUGCUAAAGCAUGCUAAUAAUGUUCUGAAAAAGGAAGUUGCUGUAACUCAGGCAAGCAAUGUCCGAUCUUCCCCAAACUUCACACGUGUGAUAGGUUUUCUGUUCUGAACAAACACCCAUGACCAAAUUCAGUUAUAGUCAUAGCGCCACCUGCUGGUAACAGGAAGUGACAAGGUUAACACUGUUAUGGACUUCUAAGAACAAAUUAAAAAGUGUCAAUAAGUGUUAAAUAGAGCUUGGCAACCGACGUCACUGCGCAGUGCAUUCUGGGAUGUAAACAAUAGGGCGCCGCCAUACUGUGAGGCCACCACACAAGCCGGUAACCAAAGAAACCAUACACAAUAGCGCAGUACACAAUGUAAGUAUAUAUAAGAAUGCUUAAAACUAGUUUAAAACAAGGUGGAUUGUACAGAGACAAACUCCUACCGGACACCAAGAAGCGCUAUAUUGAAAAAAUCAACUUUAUUGGAAAUGUCGAUCCUUAUGAAGUCCCAACAGACCAGUGGAUCCGCGACCCUGACGCCUUACCUCCCAUCACGUUUCCUCAUAUUUUUACAUAUUUUGUUUGUGGUGUCAGUGCUUAUACUGCUGAGCAAUUUCGUAACUAUAAGUCUCUGGAAGCCCACGUUCAGUUUACUAAUGGUUGGGUACAUGACCUGGAGAGUUUUAAGCCUGUCAGCGGUGAAAACACUGUCGUCCGAACGAAGGUCAUGCACUCUCAGCGACUGAAUGAACCACCUUUAAAGCCAUGGGUGAUCAUCAGCAACAGUGGGAAGGUGGAGUGUGCACACUGCACGUGUAUGGCAGGAGUAGCGGAGACAUGUACCCAUGUAGGGGCUCUGUUAUUUAAAGUUGAGGCUACUUUUCGGAUUCGUGGGAAAAAAACUGUCACAGAUGUACCGGCAUACUGGGUUUUGCCCAGCAAUUUGAGCAAGAUUACAGCUGAAGUGGGAUACAAAAUUGACUACACCUCAUCUGCUAGGCAAACAAAAAUGCUUGACCAGCGCAUAACUGCACCCUCCACUGCGCCAGGCAUAAGGAGUCGUGCCAAAAAAAGAAAAAUUCCCCAAGCUAAACUUGAUGAAUUGUCAACCCUGCUUGACACACUGCUGCAGCAUAGCAAGGCUGUUGGUUUGUCAGGGAUGAAUAAGUAUUACACAAUGUACACAGACACCGUACAGCCCUCUGCAGUGCCCGAAUGCCUUGCCACAUCUCUGUGUGAUAAAAUAAUAGAUUCAAAUUCCCUUUCAGCUCUUCAUCUAAAUUGUGAGAAAUACAGAGAUGCUGCAAAUGUGACUGAUGAGCAGGCAUCAUCUAUUGAGAUGUGCACAAGACAACAGCAUCAAUCUUCUGCUUGGUAUGCAAGUCGGACUGGAAGAAUUACUGCCUCAAACAUGCAUGCAGUCUUUGCCACCAGUAUAGAAAAGCCAGCCCUGACUGUUAUUAAAAAGGUGUGCAACCCACAACACACAGUGUCAACUGUACAAACCAGAUGGGGUAUAGAGCAUGAGAUGGAUGCUCAAAAGACCUACCUUCACACCAGAGCCCCACAUCACACUAACCUAAAAGUCGAAAAGUGUGGUUUUAUAAUUAACCCCAGGUUUCCUGAAGUUGGAGCCUCUCCUGAUGGACUUACAAUGUGCGAUUGCUGUGGGAAAGGCUGCCUUGAAGUUAAGUGUCCCUUCAAAUAUAGAUCAAGCACCAUCCAACAGGCCUUAGAAACAAAGGACAAAAACUUCUGUCUUGAGUUGUCCUAUGAAAAGCUUCAGCUUAAGAAAACACACAGUUAUUACACACAGAUGCAGACGCAAAUCUUUGUCACUGGAUCCAACCACUGUGACCUUGCUGUUUGGACUCUGAAGGACUUUGUAGUCGUACGGGUCUUUCCGGACCAGGAAUUCUGGGAUCUACGUCUACAGAAAGCACACAAAUUCUUUGAGAAAGUUUGCCUUCCAGAGCUUAUAGCAAAAUAUUACUCAAAGAAUACACCAAAGGUACUAUAGGCUCACUUGCACAGCCAAUGUAGUCUGGGUUUUACACUGUAUAUAUUUAUAUAUGAAAUUUGUUCUCAACAUGAUUGCACUAUAUAAUAUAUAUAUAUAUAUUUGCCGUUUCUGAAGAUGUUUACAGAGACAUGUUUACAUUUAUCGCUGGAAAAAUUAAUCAGUUUGUUCUCAACAUGAUUGCACUGUAUACGAGAUAUGUAUUAAGUUUGUUCUCAACAUGAUUGCACUGUAUACGAGAUAUGUAUUAAGUUUGUUCUCAACAUGAUUGCACUGUAUACGAGAUAUGUGUUAAGUUUGUUCUCAACAUGAUUGCACUAUAUAAUAGAUAUAUAUAUAUAUAUUUGCCAAUUCUGAAGAUGUUUACAGACAUGUUUACAUUUAUCGCUGGAAAAAUUAAUCAGUUUGUUCUCAACAUGAUUGCACUGUAUACGAGAUAUGUAUUAAGUUUGUUCUCAACAUGAUUGCACUGUAUACGAGAUAUGUGUUAAGUUUGUUCUCAACAUGAUUGCACUAUAUAAUAGAUAUAUAUAUAUAUAUUUGCCAAUUCUGAAGAUGUUUACAGACAUGUUUACAUUUAUCGCUGGAAAAAUUAAUCAGUUUGUUCUCAACAUGAUUGCACUGUAUACAAGAUAUAUAUGAAGUUUGUUCUCAACAUGAUUGCACUGUAUACGAGAUAUGAAGUUUGUUCUCAACAUGAUUGCACUGUAUAUGAUAUAAGUUUGAUCUCAACAUGAUUGCACUUUAUAUAAUAGAUAUAUAUUUGCAGUUUCUGAAGAUGUUUACAUUUAUUGCUGAAAAAAUUCAAGUUGUUUUUGUACUUGCAAAUUUCAUUUUUAUUAAACCAGUUUAUUUCUAAAAUUCA